GCCGGAAAUGGGAAGUGUAACAUUUAAAAAAACACGGAGGGAGUUACACGUACUUAUUAAAACAUGAGGGAGUAAUAGUGACGUAUAUAUACAGAUGAUGGCUUUUGCAAAUUGCAAGACCAUGCACAUAGUAUUAUACUAAUUCAAACUUCAUUACAAAAUAUGAAUAAUUUUAGAAAUUUAAUAUAAUGAGAAAAAUGCAUUAUAAAAUCUUCCAAGAUUUGAUAUGGUGGAAGGCAACCUUUGUAAGUCUUAAAUUAAACUCUCUGAAUAAGAUAUGGUGGAAGGCAACCUUUGUAAGUCUUAAAUUAAACUCUCUGAAUAAAGGACUUCAUCUGUGUUCCCCUGCAACUCAGAAGGUCCUAGUCAUUAGAAAAUGAGUUCAGAGAUUGCUAAAUAUGUCUCAGAAUGUUUCAUCAAGCCGAAGUAUGAGGUGCAGGAAGCCAAGCAGCCUUACUACUUGGCUCCCAUGGAUUUGGGAAUGCUCUUUGCACAUUACAUCCAACAAGGCCUUCUUUUCGCAAAACCAUCAAACUUAGGCGAUGAACAAUUCUCCAUCCACAAACUCCUACAGAGUCUGAAGGACUCUCUUUCUCUGACUCUCGUCCAUUUCUACCCAUUAGCAGGUCAACUUACCUCUCUAAUGGAUGAAGCGGGGCAAAAAUGCUUGGUCUAUGUCGAUUGUAACAAGGGUCCUGGUGCAAGGUUCAUCCAUGCUACCUUAGACAUGACCAUAUCUGACAUACUAUUACCAACUGAUGUUCCUGAAGUGGUCCAAUCAUUUUUUGACCAUGAAGGAGCUGUUAACUAUGACGGUCACUACAUGUCUUUGUUAACGAUCAAAGUUACUGAGCUCUUAGAUGGGGUUUUCAUUGGCUGCUCCAUGAAUCAUGCCCUUGGAGAUGGGACCUCAUAUUGGCAUUUUUGGAAUGUGUGGUCCGAGAUUCAUAGAGCAAAGGCAGGGGAAUCAGUUCCUGUGUCCCGUAUGCCAAUCCAUAAUAGGUGGUUUCCGGAUGGAUAUGGUCCAGCCAUUUACCUCCCACUGAUCCAACCAGAUGACUUUAUUAGCCUGCAGGAAAAACCUGAUCAACUCAGAGUGAGGAUAUUCCAUUUCUCAUCUGAUUCUAUAGCAAAACUGAAAGCUAAGGCAAAUGAGGAACAUAAUCAUAACAAUACUAGCAGCGAGAUCUCAUCCUUUCAGGCCUUGUCAGCACUCUACUGGAGAUCAAUCAUUCGAGCACUUAAUCUAGCUCAUGAUCAGGUCACAAAUUGCAGAUUAACGACCAAUAAUAGGCACAGAUUAAAUCCACCACUGCCUCAAGAGUACUUUGGAAACUGUAUAGGCGCGUUGAAAACAACUACUACAGUUGGUGAGCUACUUGAGCACAACUUAGGGUGGGCAGCAUCAUUGUUGCACCAGUCUGUGACAAAUUAUGGUGAUAAAGUAGUGCGUGAUUUCAUCCACAGGUGGCUGCAUUCUCCUGCAGUUUUCAAGCUCGACGUUUUGACAGACUGUUAUAGUGUAAUGAUGGGGAGCUCUCCAAGAUUCGACAUGUAUGGAAACGAAUUUGGACUAGGAAAGGCAGUAGCAGUACGUAGGGGUUACGCAAACAAAUUUGUUGGAAAGGUUACUUCUUAUCCAGGAGUGGAGGGAGGAGGAAGUGUGGAUUUGGAAAUAUGUUUACCUCCUCAUUCCAUGGAAGCUCUUGAAUCAGAUGAGGAUUUUAUGAAUGUUGUCUCAUUGCCGCUUAAAGGGUAAGAUAUUACAAAAAAUUUCGUAUGUAGCAAAGCACAGAAAUUAACAUACUUGUAUAUAGCACUUCUUUACCUAAGACAAUUCUUAUCAAAGAUAUAUUUGAUAAGUUUGUGAUGAUCACUACUAAUUUUACUGUAUUUAACUCAUGUUUUUUGAGCUUCACUUAUUUUUACUUCAAUUUUUUUUUUAAUUAAAGGUGAAGAAUAUAUCCUAAUUAAUAUCAUAAAUUAUAAUCAAAGAUUAGAUAAAUACAAGCUAUCAAUGAAGAGUACAAGUACCACAAUACAAUGGACCUAUGAUGUUUGUGUAAAAGUGUUCAGUAAAUAGCUAUUAACAUUAGUUGAUUUCAUGUAUGUAAUAUUAAAAACUAAAUAUUGAAUGAGCUAAUUUUA